UUUGUUCGAUAUGUUUGACACAUAGAAAAGCUGUGGCGAUGAUAUAUUUUCAUUUAGUUGUGGAUGGCAAAGUGAAUAAGCUGUACCUUUGAUUUGUGUGAUUGUUCAAGAUAUUACUGUGUGUUCUCCCACUUUUUUUUGCGUUUUGAGCAGAAAAUCCUGUUCUGGUAACAAAACGUUUUCAUCUAAUUAAAUCGUCUGCGCGUUUUUUUUGUCAACAUAAACUGGCGACAAUUCGUAGAGAAAGCAUUUUUUCGUCUCAGCUGUGUAUCGAUAUAUACGCAUUAGUACGACUUCUGUUUGAUAUACGUAUAUAAGCAAUUGUGUCCUUCACAACUCGCGUUAAUUUCGAUCGAGUCAUUUUUGACGUGGGCUAAUAUUGCCCAUUUUCUUUAGUUUGAUUUAGCCCAAGUACUUCAGUAUCGUGUUUGUGUCAAUAACAUUUCGAAAUUCAUAGUUUUUGGUCACUUUGUUUCGUUCAAUAUUUACAAUCGCGCAGUUUGACAGAUGCCAAGAGUGCUGCUACAUUUGCUAUUUCUACAUAUUUUUCUCUAUUCAUUUGCAUCGAUUGCGUAGUCAACUUGAACAUAUCUCAAAUAUUUUAUUGUGCUUGCGUGUGUGUCAAAGCGAUCAACUUGCCAUAGAUGUUUGUUUAUUGAAGACAAGCCAAAUAAACAUUCACUUUGAGCGAAAGUGUUGAACUUUGUGACAGAUACCGCAUAACGUAAACGAUUGUCGUCACUCGCACCGUAAUACCCCCAAUCACGAAAUCAUGGAUGACUCGUUCAAAGAGCCUCCGGUGCCGUCAUUUGAAUCGAUCGACGAGGAGUGUGCAUACUGGAAGGAGCGCUAUAAUGUAACCAGACAGAAAUUAAUCGACGUCAAACAAGAAUAUGGCGAGUUCGAAGAGAAUUCACAGCAGCUGGAAGCUGAACUAGAGACAUGUCUGGAGCAACGUGAGAAAAAUAUCCAAGACUUAAAACAUUCACUCGAUCAACUACAAACUGAUAACGAAUCGCUACGGAAGAAAAUUUCCAACUUUGAAGUGGACUACAACUCAUUGGAGAAUAGACAUACACAGUUGAAUAAAGAAUUUGAACAGUUGCGAAAGCACACCCGCGAGGUUGAACAGAAAAACGAUGAUUUAGAACGGGCAAAUCGUGUUGUGGCAGCGACAGUGUCGGAUCUGGAGACCAUGCUGAACCAAGCGUAUGAAAAAAAUGAAUUCCUAGAGUUAGAAGUAGAGGAUAAGGAGAGUUUGACAGUCAAACAUCAACGUGUUUUGGACGAACUACGAGAUUUGAAACAAGAGAUGAAAGUCAAAACUCCCGCGAAUUCAACAAAUCCAACUGAGAAACCACCAAUACAUUCCGAUAAUAUCCUGAAUGGAAACUCACCGCCGAUAGCUAGUCAGAAGGCCUUCAACAUUAUCGCAGAUUCCCUGAGACGGAUAGACCAAAAAAUCCAAUUGCAGUUAAGUAAAUUACUCUGUCCGACAUGUGAUAAAUUGAAAUUCCGUUGUGUAUGUCCCAAACAAAUGACACCACCACCUCCGUCACCAAUAAAACCGCCGCCGCUGCCGUCACAAUCGGCCACAUCAUCUACACAUUCAUUGCAAACAAAUUUCGUUCGUUCAUCGUCAAAAUCCACCGAUUUACUUGACACGGACUACGGCUCCAAUAAUCAUUCGAUUGACGAAGGCAGUCAAAGACCCACAUCGCGUUUAUUUCAAUCGUUCCAAUGGCCGAACGUUUUUAACGGCAGAAAUUCCAAAUCAACUAGUCAUUUAAACCUUGUCAAUUGUGAUAAAAUGCAUACCGUAUCAGUUCCAAAUCAAGCCAAUUCCUACGAUGCGCCAUCGCCGCAUGAUCAACUAUCAAAAGAUAAUGGCCGCCAAGUUGAAAGCCUGUCAAGAGAUAAUGCCACCACCACAUCAACAGCACCAACCGCGCCGUAAGCAAUCGUACAUAAGCACCGUGCAGAAAUCCGCAUCGCCCAGCCUCAAAAGUCUAAAUGGCAGUUUGAAUGCCUCCAGAUUGAGUGUCACCAAUGACAUGGACGACACUCUACCCAGUGAACAACCAUCGCUGCGAAAAGCAACCGCAAUUUAAGUUCAGUCAUAUCACCUACACACAACACACUCACAUCAAUUUUUACAGCGCGAACAGUUAUGAGCUUAUCAAAACUCAACGCAUUAUUCCAAAUGGUGGCUACUACUACUACUAUGAAAAACAAAUUAACAAAAUAUAAAGUAGAAAUCGAACAUUGCCUUCGAUCCGAAGAAAAUAUAAGUGGGAUGCGUAGCGCAAUCUUUGCUAGUGGAAAAUACGAGAAGAAUCUCAUCUAAAACAAGUAACCUGAAAAUAUUUACAAAGCAUUAUUAUAUUUACAGUUGAUGCAUAGGUACUCAGUCGUGUUAAGCUAAAAAAAAAAGAGAGAAAAAUUAAAGAAAAACUAAGCGAAUUGAAAAGUAGCUCAAUAAAAUCUAGUAAGUGUAAUUCGAUGUAAUAUUCAUUGGUUAAGCGUGAGGGAAGCAACUUUUAAUUUAUUUUGUUCUGGAAAUUCGUAUUUUUUUUUGUCGUACGAUUGAUUAACUCGAUUUUCUUGUAUUUUUCCACUAAUUUUUACAGAUAAUUUUAUUUCAUAUUGUUUUAUGCUUUGAAAAGACAUAAAUAUUAGAAAAAGGAAGAGAGAGAGAGCAACAAAGAUCCAUUUAAAAACACAUAUGCCCAGAUCAGUUAGUUUCAUUUAAGUUUAUUGCCGAAUUCCUACGUCACGAAAAAGAUAUGAUAUUUUUUUAUUGCUUUUUUUUAAAUAAUCGAAUGUAAAUGUUCAAAUGCCUUAAAGAAUUUUUCAUUUAUUGAAUAAAGUUUUAUGUUUAAAUUGUCAA